UUAAAUAUAAAUAUAUAUGGAGGCAUUCCCAUUGGCCGUCUUCCUCCUUCGUUCUUCCCCUAAUUUCCUACAAAGUAAGAUUUCAGAACCCCAAUCCAUUCCAAGGGAUAAUGAUCCACAAGUCUUCCUCGGAAUCCUCGCACUAUACUCAACCUUAAACCUCCAUCAAUGGCGGUUCCGAUCACCGCCGUCGCCAUCAUCGGCAUCCUCGCCACCGCCUUAUUGCUCCUCACUUACUACGUCUUCGUCAUCAACUGCUGCCUCAACUGCCACCGCAUCGAUCUCCUCCGCCGCCUCUCCUCCCGCCACCGCCACCACCACCACCACCGCCGCCCCCCCUCCCCCACCCAAACCCGCGGCCUCACCGACGCCGCUAUAAGAUCCAUCCCCAUAUUCAUCUUCAACAAAACCCCCUCGCCCCCCGCCAGCGCCGCCGCCACGGCGCGGCGGCCCUGCGACUGCGCCGUCUGUCUGAACGAAUUCCACGGCGGCGAUAAGUUACGAAUCCUCCCCAACUGCGCCCACAUUUUCCACAUCGAUUGUAUCGACGUUUGGCUCCAGAACAGCCCCGAUUGCCCCCUCUGCCGGACCGCCGCCGUUUCGCCGGAAAUCAAAAUCCCCGGCGACGCGCCGCCGCAAGAUCUGAAUCCCCAAUUCGACGAAGACUAUGUGGCGAUCGAAAUUCCGGCGGCGGCGGCGGCGGCGGCGGAGGCCGAUCCUAUCUCCGGCGAGCAUUUUCCGUCGAGGCGCAAGAAAUCCCAAAUCGGAAGUAUGGGAGACGAGUGGAUCGAAGAUCACCGGAAAAUGCAGCAGCCGAUGAGGAGAUCUUUCUCGAUGGACUCCGCCGGCGACGCGCAGCUCGGUUUGGCUGUGGAAGAAAUUAUUGAGCGGCGGCGACGGCGGAAUGCCGAAUAUUCCGGCAGCCCUAGUUCAGGUAAAAAAUCUUUCUUUUCUUUCGGACAAAAGUGUUCUUUGAGAAAUUCAGUUCAGGUGCAGCCACUAACGUCGGAGCCUUGAGAAAUUAAUUAAAUACUAUAUUUUAUUUUUAUUAA